CCUAGGGGCCGCCGCCGAAAUGGAGCGCGCCGGGGACGAUCCGGACUCGCCGCCGCAGGUGUCCACCCCGCAGGGCUCCUGACCCACCGCGGACGGCACCCCUUCCCAGACUCCGGUCGGGCCGGACUCCACAGAGCUGCGUCGGCAAUGGCUCACGAGGAGCUGUGGGCCCAGCCAGCCUUGGAGAUGCCGAAGCGACGGGACGUCCUCGCCAUUGUGCUCAUCGUGCUCCCCUGGACGCUGCUCGUCACCGUGUGGCACCAGAGCACCAUCGCGCCCCUGCUCACCGCGCGCAAGGAUGAUAGUGGUGACCCCCGGCGCGAGGCGCCACCUGGCACGGACCCCAGGGAGUACUGCAUGUCUGACCGGGACAUCGUGGAGGUGGUGCGCACAGAGUACGUGUACACGCGGCCCCCGCCCUGGUCUGACACGCUGCCCACCAUCCACGUGGUGACGCCCACCUACAGCCGCCCGGUGCAGAAGGCAGAGCUCACUCGCUUGGCCAACACACUGCUGCACGUGCCCAACCUGCACUGGCUGGUGGUGGAGGACGCGCCGCGCCGCACCCCGCUGACGGCACGCCUGCUGCGCGACACCGGCCUCAACUACACGCACCUGCACGUGGAGACGCCCCGCAACUACAAGCUGCGGGGGGAUGCGCGUGACCCGCGCAUCCCUCGGGGCACCAUGCAGCGCAACCUGGCGCUGCGCUGGCUGCGGGAGACCUUCCCGCGCAACUCCAGCCAGCCAGGCGUCGUGUACUUCGCGGAUGACGACAACACCUACAGCUUGGAGCUCUUCGAGGAGAUGCGCAGCACCAGGAGGGUGUCUGUGUGGCCCGUCGCCUUCGUCGGGGGCCUUCGGUACGAGGCCCCGAGGGUCAACGGGGCAGGGAAGGUGGUCGGCUGGAAGACGGUGUUCGACCCCCACCGGCCAUUUGCCAUAGACAUGGCGGGAUUUGCGGUCAACCUGCGGCUCAUCCUGCAGCGGAGCCAGGCCUACUUCAAGCUGCGCGGCGUGAAGGGCGGCUACCAGGAGAGCAGCCUGCUGCGCGAGCUUGUCACCCUCAGUGACCUGGAGCCCAAGGCAGCCAACUGCACCAAGAUCCUGGUCUGGCACACGCGGACUGAGAAACCGGUGUUGGUGAAUGAGGGGAAGAAAGGUUUCACUGACCUCACGGUGGAGAUCUGAGCCCCGGACACAGGAGCGCCUUCUGAGACCUGCUCCUGGCCGCCUUCUCUCCCCACGCCGUGUCCCUCCGAGGCGCACUCCUGUGGACUCGCUGCCCCCCUCCCUUCCCUGUGGGGCCUUCAGAGAGCCCGGCCCGAGGCCGGGACGAAGGACGGAGACCCUGAAGCACAGAACCCCCAGACGUGUUGUGCUCCACCCGCCCGGCAGUCCUGCGGAGUUGACGCCAUGGGCCCCGAACCAGGGGACUGCCCGGCUGGGACGGAGGUGAGAGCCCCGCAGAGCGGCCCUGGCCCCACGGGGCCCCACGGUCACGGGACGGCGGCCCCCAGCCCCUGGCGUCCGGACCGAGCUGCUCCAGGGAGAGGAGGCCGGCCACACCCAGCGUGCUUUCCUCACUCCCGCCUGCAGAGCCUGGGGCCGUCUGAGCGCCCGGCAGGCCGGUCCGUACCUCACCUCGCGGAGGGAGCAGAGCCCCUCCAGGCCCUGGCCCCAACACCCGGCCCCGCCCAGCGCGGAAGGAGCCUCCCGCCCACCGCCACGCCUGGACCGGGACUGGGGAGGCAGACGCCCCCCACCAGAGCGGCCGGCGGGGAUCAAGGGGCAGGUGGGCCAGGAGCAGAGAGAGGAAGGGCCGGGCGGUGUCCUUCCCGCCCCCCGGCCAGGGGUCUUUGGCCUAGCGGAGGGGUCGACAGAAGGGCACGGAGGUGACUUGAACCCGGAAGGCGGGAGACGGAGCCCAGACUGCUGGCAGAUCGUGACAGAGAGUGGGAAACAAAACCUCGCUUCUCCCUAAUGGGGCGCGCAGUCAGCUGGCUGCCAGUCCCACCCCAUCCCCCCCAACCACGCAGCCCCCCGCCAGGAGGGAGGCGCUGGUCCCCCUGCCUUUCCCGCGGGCCAGCCCUCUGCCAGCCCCCACUCACGCUCCUGACCGCCGGAAGCACAAUUUUCCUCCCCUGAGUGGCAGAGGAACGGCCCGCGCCCCCUGAACAGGUGUUUACUUUUAACGCUAACAGCCCCCACCCCCCUGAACCUCGCCGGAAGGGUCCGAGGGCUGCCGAGAGCCUGCUCCUGGGUUUCGGGGGCGGUGGCCUCCGCGCAGCGACCCAGAGUGCCAAACAGCAUCGCGGCCUGUGCUGAAAGGGGUUUACCUCCUCACCGUGGCCACAGGAGCAUUCCACGGCCCCCUACCCAGAGCCCUGAGCUGCUUUGCGGGGCACACGGGUGCCUGGGAACCACGGGGGUGACAGCGACCAGCUGAGUGGGUGAAUUUGCGCCGGGCAUCGCGGCCUCGCUCGCCUGGACCAACCCUGGACGCUGGGUCAGCUGGCCUGGCUGGGCCACUGUCUUGGCCAGAAAGACAGGGCUGGUUUUCAGGAAAUUGGUGAUGAACCACAAAACGGGAUCGUCUCUUUUUUUUUUUUCUUUUUGGCAGAUACUAGUUCAGUUGUCUUCACCUAACACCCUCUCUUAGCUGCAUGUGUAUUUAUUUACAGUUAUAACCCUGGUGGACUGCAGCUUCCGUCUUCGUUGGGAAUGAGUUCGUUAUGAGCCAGGAUUGGGUCCAUGACCACAGCUUAUUUGCUCCCCCGUCGGGAGUGGGGGGUGCGGAGCCCCGAGGACACAGCGGGGUGGGCGGCCCCCACAGCUGCACC